CGUAAUGUCAACCAUCUUCUCGCUCUCUUCGUAUCCUCACUCGCGUUGCGCAGCGCAAAAACGGACUCGCACGUAUCUCCCGCCGAGGGACAGCUUUCAUCUUGCCCAAGACUCCAACUAAGCUCGAAAACCUCUUCGCCAUAUCUCGGAACUCUUCCGAGCCCUCACCUCCACACAAUCCGCCACCAUGGCAGAGCAAAGCAUAAACAUACCGCAAGUGCUAGUCUUUAUUGUUGUCACCUUUCUCGCCGUACGAUGGUACUUUAGCAAGCCAUCGACUGCGGGCACACAACCGGUCGCCCACCGCCCCGCCGUGCGCAUAAACCCAGCGCAGAUAGACCAGGUCGCGCAGAUGUUCCCGCAGCUGAGCAGGAGGGAUAUUGCCUGGGACUUGCAGAGGAACGGCGGGAAUGCGGCGGCGACGACAGAGAGGGUGUUAGGGGGACGGGGGCUGGAUACUGCACCGCCAUCAUUCAACCUCCCUGCGCCAAGAUCGACUGCUGCGCCAGCGCGAACAGUAACAGCCGCUGCGAAGCCUGGACAUCCUGAUCUCAUAACGCGGUACAAUCUAUCAACCAAGGUGGGACAGCCCUCGGCGCCUGUGGAGGAUGAAGAAAAGCCCAAGACGAAGGCGUGGAGUCAGGACAGAGACGAGAGACAGGCGAACUUGCGAAGAAGGAGAGAAGAGAUGAUCCUGGCGGCGAGACGGAAGCUGGAAGAGAAGGAGAAGGCUUCGGGUGCUGCUGUCGCCUGAGGAGGCUAUGUAGAGCAUCUUCGAGCGGUACAGUGAGCUUAUACAUUAACAUAUUCUAAAUCGCCGAAGCAAUUCAUACGCAUACC